CCCUGCGGUAAAUCACUUCCUCCAGCGGGCGUGACAGGUGGCAGGUGGAUGCCGGGUGCUUCCCAGGAGCACUAAGGGCUCUUCUCCGCCGUGGCGUGGCCCGCUUGCCCUGAUACCAGGAGGAGCUCAAGCCACAGCCUCCUGUCUACCACGACCGGGGUACCGGGCAACAUGAGCUGGUCAAGGCAUGUGGGCAAGAUCCGGAAACGCCUGGAAGAGGUCAAGAGCCAGUGGGUCCGGCCGACCAGGGCCGAUUUCAGCGACAAUGAGAGUGCCCGGCUGGCCACAGACGCCCUCUUGGAUGGGGGGCCCGAGGCCUACUGGCAGGCACUCGGCCAGGAAGGUGAGGUCGACUUCUUGUCCUCGGUGGAGGCCCAGUACAUCCAGACCCAGGCCAAGGAGCCCUCUUGUGCCCCGGAGCCCCCAGGAGGGGCAGAGGCCAGCCCCCGGGGACUGGACUCCUGCUCCCUGCCGUCAGGAACCUAUUUCCCCGUGGCCUCGGAGGGCAGCGAGCCGACCCUGUUGCACACCUGGGCCUCAGCCCAGAAGCCCUACCUGAAGGAAAAGUCCAGCGCCACCGUGUACUUCCAGGCGGACAAGCACAACAACAUCAGAGACCUCAUUCGCCGCUGCAUCACCCGGACCAGCCAGGUCCUGGCCAUCCUGAUGGAUGUGUUCACGGAUGUGGAGAUCUUCUGUGACAUUCUAGAGGCGGCCAACAAGCGUGGGGUGUUCGUCUGUGUGCUCCUGGACCAGGGAGGGGUGACGCUCUUCCAAGAGAUGUGUGACAAAGUCCAGAUCUCGGACAGCCACCUCAAGAACAUCUCCAUCCGGAGUGUGGAAGGAGAGGUGUACUGUGCCAAAUCAGGCCGGAAGUUCGCCGGCCAAAUCCAGGAGAAGUUCAUCAUCUCGGACUGGAGAUACGUCCUGUCGGGGUCGUACAGCUUCACCUGGCUCUGCGGACACGUGCACCGGAACAUCCUCUCCAAGUUUACGGGCCCGGCGGUGGAGCUGUUCGAGGAGGAGUUUCGCCACCUCUAUGCCUCCUCCAAGCCUGUGAUGGGCCCAAAGUCCCCCAGGCUGGUGGCACCCCUGCAGCCCCGAGCAGGCCGCAGCCCCCCGCCCGGCCGCCUCAGUGGCAGUAGCCGCUCCGCCAGCGACCACACGUCCUCCAACCCCUUCAGCAGCCACUCGACAGGCAGCAAUCCCCAGAACCAGAGUCUGUCGGCGUCCUCGGGGCCCAGCAGUCCCCUGGCCCCCAACCCCGCUCUGCCCCUCAGGCUUCAGCCCCACCCUGGCCCGUGGGGGGCCCUGAGCCCACAGGCCCCCUUCUCCCUGAGGCCCCACGACAGCUCGCCAGCUCCCUACAGCAACCUCAACGCCUACAGGCCCACGCGGCUGCAGCUGGAGCAGCUGGGCUUGGUGCCCAGGACGGCCCACAUCUGGAGGCCAUUUCUACAAGCCUCCCCUCAUUUCUGAUGGGUCGCUUCCCCCAGCAGCCCUCCCAGGGGGUUGCUGGACAUGCCAGGACUGUCUGGCCCAAGGACCUCCACCUCAAUGACUAGCAGCUUUGAACUUGCUUCUCUUUGAACUAAAAGUGC